UCCGGGUCACUACCGGAGGACCGAGGAGUCGAGGAGUUGAGGAGGGGGAUUUGAUGAAAUGAGAAAGGGCCAAUGUCUUCUGUAACAAGUUGUUCCUGCUCUGCCCAUCUCAUUAGUUGAACAUAGAAAACAAAAUGUCCCCAACAGGAGAGGGCUCUUGUUUACAGAACAACCUUGACAGUGUUGGAAUGAAAUACAUUGACAGUGUUGGAAUGAAAUGAAGGACAUUUACUCAAGAUCUGUAAGAACACAUUUUAGGCAGAAAUACUGGACUGCACACAAAGGCUCAUCCCAGGCACUGAGGUUACAGCCCACUAUUGAUGAACAAUAAGUUUGGUGACCAGCAGCCGGGAGAUUGACAUACUGCUAAUAGAGACGACAGGCAUUUAAAAUCUUCACUGAACGCAAUUGUGAACAAUAAUAUAUUGAUAACAAAUUAGAAAACAAGAUACUUUGAUCAAAAAUAGUUACUCCAAAAGUUUUAAAAUUCAUUAAAGGUGCAGUCAGUGAUUUAAAUCCCAUAGCUCUGUAAAAUUCAGCUAAUAUUUCCUCACAAUCGCUAACUGUUUGAGCUGAAAAAUUAAUGAAGUUAUUUGCUUUGGUGUUAAGUUAAAAUAUCAGAAAUGUAUCUCCAGAAUCACUGACUCUACCUUUUUAAUACACUGACAAUGAAGAUCGAUUCCCGAAGUAUAGAUGAACAGAGAUGUGCUUCCAUUUUAUUAAACGUAUUAAUCUACACAUUAUUUGUGAGAUGCGCCCCCAACUUUUGACUUCUUAGGUCCAUUUUAGUUAAAAUAAAGCAGUCUGUACGGGAGCUUGCUGGUUUAUGCAAUUUUCUUUUGCUUGGAAUGAUUCACUAUACCAAAGCUGUUGAUUUCUUCCCACUGAGCCGACAUGUAAACUAUUUCGGUUUAGUAAACAGCAGCUUGUGAAGGCAGGUUAGCCGACCAACAGAGACAAAGUUGGUGUGGAUUCGAUGAUAGAAAGCUUACACACCGCUCAUGUCUCGCUUUCUACCGAAGGGGAUUCCCAGUUACUGUCAAAUUAGUUGAAUUGUUUCCUAUGAAAGGAAAAAAAACUAACAAAACAAAGAACAGUAGGCUAUCACCACUGAAAGAUCAGGAUUACAUUCAGUAAUUGAUUAAGCUAACCUAUGGACUAUAGGCCACAACUUUUUAAAUACUGUCCUGCAGCCCCCCUCCACCCUUGAUAGCCAUUACAUUACUGCUCCAGUGAGGUGUAGAUAAAAGAUGCGUGGCAAUUUAUUUGCUUAGUCACGAAUCUGACAAAAAGGUUGAUGUAACAGCUUUAGCUUAACUGCUAUGAAACUGUGCCAGUAGGAGUAGCUAUCCUAUUCAUUGAAAUGCUGAUAUUGAAAUACAAAACUCUGUGUUACUCCAAGCCAAGUGAAUCACUUGGGUGCAGUCUCGGAUAUUGACUUUCAUCUCCGGUCUCAAGUGUGAACAUGAACAUGUGAGAAGGUGUCCAUGCACACACACAUACACACGGACACACACACACAGCAUACUGUAUGUCGUCUCCUACAUACAUUCACAGAGCAAUUGUUAUACUUCCUGAUGCAGUCACCCUAUCCCUCUUCGUUAAUUAUGCACACAAAGAAGGGCCCCCGUCUGAGGUUUGGGUCCAGGUGAUGCUGCUCCUUGGUCUGCCUGUUUAUUGGCCGCUCCAGAGUAGAGAGACAACACCUUCUGGAGUAAACUGCGCGUCUUUAUUUUCAAUAUUAUUAUUAUUUUUUUUUUUUAAAUUCCUCCUAUAAUUAAUCUAGUGUCCCAUUGCUCGUGAUUUCACAGUUCCUGGAUAUAUUGUAAGUACUGCAUGUAAGAGAAUAUUUUCCUCAACAUUGCAACAACAGAAGUUUACCUUCACACUGCAUGCUUUCAUAUAUUGAAGUAUUAUAUUAUCAGAUCUUCAAGGUAAUGUUAAGAGAUGGAACUCGAGAAAAAUGAUUGUGUAUUUGCAAAUGACAAAUAGAUUUUGAAUCUAUUUUAUUUGAAUUAAAAAUACUUUCUUGACAGUUUACAUUUGAUAUUUAUUAACCAUCAAAGCCUUACUUAGAUAUAAAACAAUGUUUUAAUGUCAUGUGUAUUGGAAACCAUUGCCAUUAACAGUUGGAAUGAAAGCAACAGAUUGCUAAGGGCACUAAAUACAAUUUAUCUGGCAAAUAAAACAAUCAAAUGUAUUUCAAAGGUUUUACAGGUUUAUAUUUGGUCACAAAUUAACUUAAUAUGACUUAUACGAUAUGACUUUAUUUGUCAGAUCAAGUCUGAAAUUUGACUUGCGUCACAGCAGCUCCAUGUCCAACAUCAACAGACAAAUAUCCAGACACAAUACAUGAAACACAAACAACAAACAUUUAACAUAACAGCACAAUCAGUGAGAGAAAAGCUGCUCAAAGAGCCUUCAGCGUUCAUUUGAUCUGGGAUUUAGCUCUGUAUUUACUGUGAGGAUUGACUGAUGCACAAAGGAGUGCUUCAGUUAUCUUUUAAAACUCUAAUUAUGUUAGUUGUUCACAAAGCUUCUAAUCUAACUUCUUGCAUAUACAUCUAAUUAGGACAAACAUCUAAUUGUCUGUGUAGUAUUUAUGCUCUAGAAUGGCAUGGAGCCUGUGAGAAAUCAGGAAGGUUACCUGAAGCAGGAUAUCAUGUCUCUCAUAACUCUAAGAACACUUUCUCCUGCACUCUGUGCGGGCUACACUACUGAUGCUGACGGGGCUCCUGUUUCACCACAUCUUGUUUUUUAUCCAAGUACUACAAGCUGCGGCCUGAGUUUGUUAUAUUGACCAUGUGGUAUCAAGGAGGUCUCUUCGAAGAUGACUUUGAAAUCGUUUAUUUACUCACUGCUGUGUGAUACUCUGUGUCGCAUUUCUCUCCAGAAGGGGUUCUCUUUUGCUCACUUUAUCUACUUUUUGUCACAUGUUGUUAUUCUUAAUGUCAUUUUCAGAAAGAAGAGUUCCUGUUGCUUCCAGAAGACCAGACUGUGACUGAGCAGAGCCAACAUGGAGAACAGCAAGCAGCCAAUGAAAGAAGUGCUCCCCCUGCCUCGCAACCCUUCACCACUUCCUGGGACCUCACCCUCUGUGACCCCUGCCGCCCCUUCAAAUAAAUACCACUCAGACACCAUGCAGAAUGUGCAGAUGGCCUCCUCAGUGGUGACAUCGUUCAGCUACCUGAAGCCUCCAGACAGGGAUCUCACCCUGAUGUCCCACAUGAAGUCCAUUAAGUCUCUGAAGAAUGCUGCCAUCUUCACUGGACAAACGAUGGUUGUGCAGUGUAAUAGUCAUGAACUGUUGGAGGAGGUACUGAACGCUGAUGUGAUCCUGGCUGACAUUGACUCCCUGGUGCCGACCCACGAUGAAGCCGGCCAGCCCAUCGCGGAGUGGAAACGACAGGUAAUGGUGCGGCAGCUGCAGGUCAGGCUGCAGGACGAGGAGGAGCAGAGGAGACAGGACAUGACUAAUGGCUACACACCAGUGGACGGCUGGAAGUACUCCCAAACCCACAACGCCGUCUUGGGGCCCUUUGGAGAGCUCCUAACAGAGGAUGAUCUGGUGUACCUGCAGCAACAAAUUGAGACUGUUUCACUGCAGAAACGCUGCCAGGCUUACGAGCUGGAGCUGACCAGGCUCACCGAGGAGCUGCGGUCCAUUUUACCUGAUUCCAUCUUGAACAUCUCCCUCAACAAAGAGGUCCUACAAAAGAUGGACACUGAGGGGAAAAUGCACCCUACUUUGCCAAUGUGGUGCAGUCGUGUCUCAGAGAUUGUUAAGAGUAUGUCGUUGCUGGUGGCCAACCUGACGCAAACGUCAGAAGAAGGGGGUGAGAGGAGCGUAAUGAAUGGAAUAAUGGGAGAGAUGAAGGGUUUGCAGGGGGUUAGCAACAGUUUAGGAAUUGAAUUGGACCAGGGAUUGGUGCAACACGAGCAAGAGGUAGUGCCUGCACAUGAUGAGACCUUCAGUGGUCCUAGGAUUCCUCACAUAGGAAUGGCGUCUACUUUCAGCCAUCGACUGGAAUCCAACAGCUACAGCCGAGCUCGGAGGGAGAGAGUGGUGAGGGAGAUCCAACAGUCCGGGGUGUCGGUCAGAAACCUAAGAUCCAACUUUGAGGGUCAGAUUGGCAGCAUUUAUCCCUUUGCUGGGGUUAUGAAAGGAGGACAGGUAAUGUUUGGAGCUCCAGAAGUAAACAACCUGAAUAGUCACUGCGAUCCUCCCAAAACAAUUAAACCUGUGAUGGAGACUACCAGCUUAAGGAAAGAACGUAUCGUGGUGCUGUUCCUGAGCCACUGGAAGAAAUCUGCAUAUGCUAUUUCAGUGAGAGCAGCGAGGCAGAGACAGGGACAGGAAGCACUUUCAGAGAGAGUGACAGGCGCUUUGCCCCAACAGAAAAUCACCUCCAUGUUUCAAUUCUGCCAACAACGAUGUGCUGUAGACAAGGUGCUUCACUGCUGGAGAAGUAAACUAGGACUCAAAGAAAAAAAAAAGUCCUGUGUGUCCUCCUCAAACUGCUCUCGAGUAAUAUUCUCCCCAGAGCAAUUUCUGCCAGACGUGGACGGUGUUGCAGUGACCCACGACAGCUUGACCCUCGACCUCUUCAUGGUGGGAUACUUCCACAUUUUGGAACAAGAGCUUCUGCCCGAGGAGAGGAAGAUGAGGCAUCUACUCUGCUUCGAAGUCUUUGACCAUGUCGGCAGUUUCUCGUGGGAGAUGGUGAAGGACUUCCACAAGGCCGUUCUCCAGGAAAUCCAGUCAGGGAGUCGACAGUGGAGCGACGGCUUCGAGGACAUCAAAGUUCGCUUCUUUGGGGACUCCAGACCGUGCCACUGCCCAUCAUCAUCCUUAUUGGCAGAUACCAGACUCCUACCCAAAGUUGUGGUUCAAACUGUGGCUGCAGAUGAGUGUGGCAGGGACUCCAACUUCUCUUGUUUCAACAACCAAGACAUUUGUAAAUAUAUUGACCGUAGCUUUGCUUUCUGGAAGGAGAAGGAGGCUGAGCUGUUUGAAUUUGCACAUUAGUAUUAAGGUUCCAUUUGAUAAUUUUGCACAAAAUAAUGACAUGUUGGUGUGUUUACAAAAGCUGAAUAAAACGUUGUUGAGAAUGCCUUAUCGAUGCAUUAUUACUGCAAUGAUUAGUUAUUAUUUGUUUAUAUCCAAAUGAUUGACAAGGCCUCCAAGAAAGGCAUUGAAUUCAACAUCCAUUUACUGAAAACAAAAACUAAAUCCUAUUCAUUUAAUUUGAUGUGUAUUCUGACAGCAGGACCACGGUAAACGUCAUACAAUUCAAUGACUUCCUUAAGAUCUCAGAUAAUUUAUAGAAUGAGUAAGCACCCUAUAUUCAAAUAUUUUAAGUAAAAGUAGCAAAACAGUGAUAUAAAAUGACUCCAAUAUAUGUAAUUAUAUGUUUGUA